CACACGGGCAGAGGCAGGCGGGCUGGUACAGCGCAGUCGGACUGGAGUGGAUUCGGGAGGCGAGCAGAUGAUGCUGGACCAUGAGUGAAAGUGGAGCCUUACGCACUGAACCGCAGCGAUAAGACAGCGCGCCGCAAAAUGAAGACACCUAUGCGCCAUGGGGUAGCCGUGCUUCUCGUGCUUCUCCUGUGCGCCAGCUUGUUCCUCGUGUACAACGGCAGCUUCAACGGCGCUUCCAGAGACGCUAACGACACGCGCAUCAGGCAGAAUGAACAGCUGCGGCGGCCCACCGAAGCCUCCGCCGGGGUCGCCAAGCCUCACCCCCCGGUCCUCCAGGGAUACAGUAGCAUCAUCGACCAUAAGCCUCUCAGGAUGCACUGCCACACCUGCGCCCUGGUGACGAGCUCGGGCCACCUCAUCGGAGGGGGCCGGGGUGAAGAGAUCGACCGGGCCGAGUGCGUGAUCCGCAUGAACGAUGCUCCCACCGCCAGGGGUUACGGCCGUGACGUCGGUCGCCGCACUUCUCUGCGUGUCAUCGCUCAUUCCAGCAUGCAGCGGGUACUGCGGAGUCGCAACGAGCUGCUCAACGCCAGCCAGGACACAGUAUUCAUCUUCUGGGGACCCAGCAACUACAUGAGGCAUGAUGGGAAGGGCCUAGUGUACAACAAUCUGAGGCUUAUGAAAGAGGUACUGCCCAAGCUCAAAGUCUACAUGAUCUCCUGGCAGAAGAUGCUGCAGUUUGACGAACUCUUCAAGAAGGAGACCGGCAAGGACAGGAAAAUAUCGAAGACCUGGCUGAGCACCGGCUGGUUCACUAUGACCAUCGCCCUGGAGCUGUGCGAUAGGAUCAAUGUCUAUGGCAUGGUCGCCCCUGACUUCUGCAGGGAGCCUCAGAACCACUCUGUCCCCUAUCACUACUAUGAGCCACGUGGCCCAGACGAGUGCGCUAUGUACAUUUCCCACGAGCGUGGGCGACGGGGCAGCCACCACCGCUUUAUCACGGAGAAGCGGGUCUUCGCCAACUGGGCACGGACAUUUAACAUCCACUUCUACCAGCCGGACUGGAGCCCCCCACCUCUCCCUGCCAACCGGACGCUUGAGGGGACGGUCACUGCAGCUCCCCUGAAGACGUGACUUUUGUUGGGUUGAAUGAAUGCUUUAGAAAUUCGUGUGAAGACUGGGGGUUUUUUUGCAUUGAGGGGUUACUGGACCCUUGAAACAAAGAAUAAAACAUGAAGGAAAAUUAGUCAUUACAGAUGAAAACAGAUGCAGCUCCAGCAGUGUUUUGUUUACUGUGGUGAACCAAUUCAGACUUGAACAACCCUCACUGAAAGCCUUGUAAUGUGAGGUAGUACAAGAAGGCAACAUCAUUACACACUUUGCUCUUGGUGCAUGCAUGCAGUGUCUUACUGUGGACUCUCUAGCUCGUUGUGCAUAUGUGUGUGUGUAUAUGCAUAUGUUUACUAGAGGGAUCACAGAGGAUGUAAACUUGAGUCUGGUCUGUCGACAAAGUCACUGUUGAAUGAAGGAUCUGUGCAGGAGUCACUGCAGGAUUCAUGGAAAGAAAUAUACCAUUACAGUGUCUGAAAUCUUGCUUCUGGAGGCAGUGUAAGCUGAAUACAAAUAACUGUGUAGCUCGAGUUAAAUUUGGCUAUUUGAACGUGUGAACAAUCCCUGUUCAGAUGUGAUAUUCCUCUGCAGUUUUCAAAGAUUGGGGAGGUCAAGUUGGUUGAGAUUUGUUAGACCUCCUGUGUCACACAACAAAGGCUCAAACACCUUCAAAGGAUUUUUUAUAAAUCACUUCCCUGACUUUCAUUUAGACGACCUUUUAGAUGUGUGCAUUAUGAGCUCACCCUAAGCCAAACUUCCCAAUGCCGCACAGUGUGGCUGAAUGACAGGUGUGUACUGGUAGGUUUUAUCGUGUGUGUGUGUGUGCACGCACCUCCUCUGGUCCCAGAUGUGUGUAUCAUAAGGCUUUGUUGGCUCCUGUCAUCAGUUAAUAGUGAGUUCAUAUAGCUACCAGCUGGAUGUAAAUGCACAGCCAUGUCACACGAGACAGGUAGGAGAUUAGGAUCGAGGGUAGGGAUGCAGCAGCAGCAUCCAUCCUACUGUAUUCAUCUGCUGCCACUUUUGAAAGCCUGAAUCACCUUUGCAGGAGAAUUAACCCAGCAUUCAUUGAAAUGGUGUUUCUUUUUGCUUUUUUUUAUUAAACUGAUGAGUAUGUAAUGUGUCACUCUCUUGUUGUCAGUCAUGGUUUAUACACACUCUCCUCUUGCUUAAUAGAAUAUAUGCUACAUGUAGACUCCCACUCUCAGUUUUCCUCCCGUCCUCUCUUUGUCCAUGAAUAAGGAUCUGGAGUCAGUCAGAAUAAAGAUGAGACGCUGGGUUAUCGUAAUGAUACAUGCCGGUGCUACGUCCCUAUUGAUUUUGCUCUCAUCUCUGUAAUGUGAGUAAUGAGAGCAGAGAUGCUGUGGGUCAGAUACAUGGGUGCUCACACCAUGAGGGCAUGUUUCACAUUACAUCUCCUCAGUGGAGACAAAGACACGGCUGCUUCUCAUACAUCACGAGCAGCUGCAGCAGUGUCUGCUGUAUGCAGGCAGGCUCAGAGUGCUGCUAACUUUGUACUGCAGCAGAGAACCACUAUGUUCUUUUUUUAUAAUUUUCCCCAGAGAUGUUCACUCAUCCAUCAAGGACUGUGUGGCUGUGUGUGUCUAUUAGCGAAGUGGUAAGUACUUGAAAUUUUAAUUUUUUUGCCCAAUUAAGUGAAUCAUGCUGUGUAGGUUGCAGAUACUCACUGUUUGCAUUAUAGAUGGUUUAGAAAAUGAAAAGAAAAGAAAAAAAAAAAAGAGUGAAAAAAAUGCAGAUUUCAAGUACCCAGAGUCCACGGUGAUAUUUUCAGAUUGUCCGAAACUUGAAGAUUUUCAGUCAACGGUGAUAAAAAGAAAGCAGCAUAUGUCCACCCGUGGUAGUUUUGAUAUCUUUGCUUCAUAAAUAACUUAAGUAGUUUGACACUUUGGAAGAUCUGAUUAUUCCCUUUCUUGCAGAGACUUAGAUGAAAAGAUUGAUACCUCUCUCAUGUCUGUAGCCAGUUAGCAUGGCACAAACUGAAAGCUCAAAUGUAAAAAAUAAAUAAAUAAACGCCAUCUGCUUUAC